UUGAGAUACGUUAGCGUACGCGAUCUUCUUAUCUCAACGUUCAUUCACCUUACAAGUCCGAAAUUGGGGGAAAGGAUAGAGCGGCGAUGUCUGCUUUCUCAGAAUCGGCGCUGGAGAGGAAAUUGUCGGAGCUAAGCAAUUCUCAGCAAAGUGUCCAGACACUGAGUCUGUGGCUUAUCCAUCACCGAAAGCAUUCGCCGCUCAUUGUCACCGUCUGGGAGCGCGAGCUGCGCAAAGCCAAACCAAACAGGAAGCUAACUUUUUUGUAUCUGGCUAAUGAUGUCAUUCAAAAUAGCAAAAGAAAAGGGCCGGAGUUUACAAAAGAUUUUGCACCUGUCAUAGUGGAAGCUUUUAAGCAUGUAUCCAGUGAAACUGAUGAUAGUUGCAAAAAGCAUCUGGGCCGUGUGCUGUCUAUUUGGGAAGAAAGGUCUGUUUAUGAAAAUGAUAUAUUGGAACAACUUAGGCAAGCUUUGUAUGGAAACCCAAGGAAACGCACAUAUGAGCAGAUAAAGAUCGAAGAUAACUCUUCAGCACAAAGCUCUCCAUCUGAUCCUCCCCAGACAAUGGAUCUGAUAAGAUCAUUACAAGAAUUGGAAAAUGCAGCCUCUGGAGAUGCAGCAGUUCAUCAGAGGAUAGCCUCAAUACCUCUAGAAGUUCAAGAUGCAACUUUGCUUAACAGAAUCACAGACAAAGAAUCAGGAGAACAGCUUUCCAAGAUGGUAGAUGAUGCAUGUAUGUUGCUGGCGGAUUACAAUGGCAGGUUGGCAGCUGAAAUUGAUGAUAGAAAACAACUAAAUCGGAUGUUGUCAGAUUUUUUACGAUGCCAAAAAGAAAUCCUGUCAGAGAAAGAACAAACAUUGGAAGAACACAAGCGCAAAUUAACUGGUGUGUCCCAGGUACGGAAAGAACUCAAGUCACGCAUCCAGAGUCUCCCUGAUCUGUCAAGGCUCCCCAAUGUUACAGGAAGUCAAGUGCAUCUACCAUUUGCAGGGGAUGUCUAUAGUGAUGAGUGAUAUUCAAAUCUUUCACUGGAAUGAGGAAUUGAUCAGGUUGAUUGAUAAUUAUUUUUGUAUGUUUGCAGAGAAUAGCACUGAAAUGUUCUAAUUUAUAAGAAAUAUUGAAUAUUGCUUUGUUUAAUAUUUGACUAACAAGUGAUAAAGCAGGUACUAUGUAAGAGGCAACAUUUAUGUAUUAGGUUUAAAAAAAUGAUUAUUGCAAUUUUUCUAUUCUUUUUGA